AAGCGCAGGGGCAGAGCGGCACCCGGAAGCGGCCGCUCCGCGGAGACGGUGGCCGGCGGGCGGGCGGCCCACGGCCCCUGAGGCACCGCCAUGUACUCAGCUGCCGCCCCGCCACCGCGACAGGACUUCAUCUCCGUCACCCUCAGCCCGGAGGAGGCAGCGGGGCCCGGCGGCUACAACAACAGCAAGGCUUGGAGGCGGCGCUCCUUCUGGCGGAAAUGGAAGCAGCUGUCCCGACUGCAGCGGAGUGUGAUUCUCUUCCUGUUUGCCUUCUUGGCGGUCUGUGGAGUGAUUUCCUAUACGAGCAUUGAGGAACCGUGGAAAAGUCUAACAAACAAAGCUCCGGAUGAUCCAAGAGCAGAAGCAGAAGCUCCUGGACUAAAGCUGGCAAAUCCAGCUGUUCUGCCAGCACCCCAGAAAGCCGAUGCCAACCUUGGAGACUACUCAGAGCUUUCCCCGCAGAAGCCUCCAAAACUACCUUCUGUUCGGCGUGGCCUUUCCAACCUUCAGAUCAAGCCACCACGGAGGCUGAAGCCCCGGCAGGAUCCCGGCAAGGCUGUAGAGGAGCCGGUCCAGGCUGAUAAAGAAAAGAAAACCGAGAAAUCUGUUAUCAGCUGGCGAGGAGCAGUGAUAGAACCUGACCAAAGCACUGAACCUCCAUCUAAUAGAGUAAAGGAACCAGAAAAACCUUCCUCUGUGGAAGCUGAGGACCAGAAAGAACCAGUGCCCCUAAAUGACCGUCAAAUGGCUGUGAUUGAAGCCUUCCGCCACGCCUGGAAGGGGUACAAGGAGUUUGCCUGGGGCCACGAUGAGCUGAAGCCUUUGUCCAAGUCCUACAGUGAGUGGUUUGGGCUUGGGCUUACCUUGAUUGAUGCCUUGGACACCAUGUGGAUUUUAGGCUUAAAAGAAGAGUUUGAAGAAGCAAGAAAAUGGGUAGCAAACGACUUGGUGUUUGAUAAAAAUGUGGAUGUGAACCUCUUUGAGAGCACUAUUCGUAUCCUGGGGGGCUUGCUGAGCACCUACCAUCUCUCUGGAGACAGUCUCUUCCUGGAAAAAGCUAAAGACAUUGGGAACAGGCUCAUGCCAUCCUUCAAGACCCCCUCCAAGAUCCCAUAUUCUGAUGUCAACAUUGGCCGGGGCACUGCGCAUCCACCUCGCUGGACAUCUGACAGCACUGUGGCAGAGGUGACCAGUAUUCAGCUGGAGUUCAGGGAGCUCUCUCGUCUCACUGGAGAUGAGAAAUUCCAGAAAGCUGUGGAUGAAGUGACAAAGCAAGUUCACGCCCUCUCAGGGAAAAAUGAUGGCCUGGUGCCCAUGUUCAUCAACACCAACAGUGGGCAGUUCACCCACCUUGGGGUCUAUACUCUGGGAGCCAGGGCUGACAGCUACUACGAGUAUCUGCUCAAGCAAUGGAUUCAGGGGGGGAAGAAAGAAAAUGAACUUUUGGAAGACUACAUGAGAGCCAUAGAGGGAGUGAAAAAGCAUCUUCUUCAGAGAUCCCAGCCCAAGCAGCUUACUUUUGUAGGAGAGCUUGCUCAUGGCCACUUCAGUGCCAAGAUGGAUCACUUGGUUUGCUUUUUGCCUGGUACUCUGGCACUGGGAGCUCACAAUGGAUUGGCUGCUGAUCACAUGAAACUGGCUGAAGCCCUUAUAGAAACCUGUUACCAGAUGUACGCUCAAGUAGAGACAGGCCUGAGCCCAGAGAUUGUACAUUUCAACCUUCACGCACAGAAGGGCCACAAAGAUGUGGAGAUCAAGCCUGCAGACAGGCACAACUUAUUGCGACCAGAAACUGUGGAAAGCCUUUUUUAUAUGUACAGAUUCACCGGGGAUAAGAAAUACCAGGACUGGGGCUGGGAAAUCUUGCAGAACUUCAAUAAAUACACACGGGUUCCUACAGGUGGUUACACUUCCAUUAAUAACGUCCAGAAUCCCAGGAAUCCAGAGCCACGAGAUAAGAUGGAGAGCUUCUUCCUCGGAGAAACACUCAAGUACAUGUUCCUGCUGUUUUCAGACGAUGUAGACUUAAUCAACCUCGACAAAUACGUGUUUAACACAGAAGCUCAUCCACUCCCUAUCUGGGUGUCAGCAUAGCCAGCAUGUGCUGACACCUCAAAGUGGUGGCGUUUGUGUCUCCAAGUCACUUUACUGUUCAGGGUUUGAGGAGAGAUGUGGUAUUGCACCUUUUUUUGACUUAAAACAAGCAAACAAAACCUUUGGGGAAGUAACUCUGGUUUGGAGAAGUCACGUCAGUCUUAAAUCUCAUCCCUAGCUCUGGGAUGGAUGAACUGUACCCAGCUAAGCUGGCUUUCCUGGUAUUGAUGAUGAGGUUCAGAGGGGAAUUGUAGCAUGGACCGUGGCAUUCCUGGGGGUUUGGUGGACCAGAACUCCCUCAUGGCAGUCUUACUCGAUGCUCAUUAAAUACCAGGAAUGCAGCGAGUUGUCUUACACUACAGGAUUGUCCUGGAGAGAAGGAACGAGCCCACAGGUUUCUGGCUUAUUCUGGAUCCACUGAAACACUCGACUACAAGACCUUUCCUUUGGAAAAAUGUGUUCCAGGUGGUAAAUGGAAUACACAAAUAACUGUAACCUUGUCCUAGGUAGAAGCAAAGCCGCUGCAGUACAGUGUCGGGUUUACAGAGCACUUUGAACGGUCUGUUCAGGCUGUGGCUGCAAUGAAUGUGGGGAGAGAAUUUGCUGCUGGUUUGGCUCAGCGGGGUAGAAUUUUGUAGAAGUGUUGAAGUUUUUUAACUUACCUGCAGGAAUGCAGGAGAUAAUGUGAAAUGCAGGUGAAACUACACGUGCAUUUGAUUUGUUCUUUGCCAUGGGUAGACUCAGGUAUUGACUGAACGCUGCCUCCUGAGCUCGGGCACUGGGAAAGCUUGUGAGCACAAGGUGUGAUUUGCAGUCAGCCUUCUUCUGUCCUGUCUGUCCAGAUAUUAUGUGGUGAGGGGUUUGUUGGCUCAAAACAAGCUCAUCGCUGUACAGCACAGUUCCUGUUAUUCAUUGUGUUUUGGACUGUGGAAAUAUUUUCCAUUUUUGUUUUCUAUGGGAGUACUUUGGGUAGAAUUGUUCCCAUUAGGAGCUGUGAAAGCAGACAGCUGAAUGUCUUAGAGCAGGUUCUGGUCCCAGUAGAAUCAGUGGAAUCUGUUCAGCUGCUUGAAGACAAAGCAGACCCAGGCUUUAAGAAUCUUCUGGGAGCCCUGGGAUCUGUCACUUUAUAUGUGCAAAUAGAUUUUAAACCAUGAAUUUGGGAGUCAACUUUCUGUAGCGUUUCUCCUUUUGAUUUUGUAGCUCAGCCAGUCCUGCAUUCGCAGUGGUUCCCAGGAGUGUGCUGGUCAGAUUUCUUAGUGGUUGUUCUCACCCAAACAUCCUUUCCCUGUGCACCAAGGGGAGUGGCAGGAGGUCCUCGGGUGCGUGGCAGCGCCCACGGGGAGCAGCCCCUUCUAAAGCUGAGGAUGCUAAAUGGAACUCAUUGAAUCUGAUGGUAACAGAUUUGCCAUGGCUGAGGGGUGCGUGUGUAUAUUUUGCAGUGUUUAUAACCUUUGAUUUGUAAAGAAAGAUGCAUUUUUUUGUUUGAUGCUGCUCAAUUCUGUUUGAUGGCAUCAGAAGUUGCCCUUGGGACCAGUAUUUGAGUCUUAUAAAAAAUAUUUAUCAUUCCAUGUCUAAUGAUGGCUUAUGGAAAUGAAAUGUUUUACAUGGUAUUUCAGUGCACCUUUUUCUGCCGUCAGUGGGACCCUGGGGUUUGUGGGACAGGACAGGUAUGUGCAGAAUAUCCAUGUUCCUCCAGUUCACCUGUACUGGUAAUGCUGGGAUUGAGUUUCUCACUUGCGUGUGGUGUGAAACCCAGCAGCUGCAGCCUUUGCACAACUGAUUGACCCCUACGAUGUUUGCUUUCUUUAACAUAACAGCAAAGGAGGAAAGUGCUGUUGCAAUGUGGGAGGCAACAGCUUCAGUGGUUUUGUUUGUGGAGCAGGUUGCUGUUACCGAGGAACUGAGCUUGGGCUGAAGAUUAAAACUGGAGAUGAAAAGAAGAAAAAAAAUAAAAUAAACCCCCAGCUGAGUCCCACGAGGCUGCACGGGCCCUGCUGGUGUGUGAGGCUGCGGCCCCGCGCCCUGGGCUGGAGCCAGCGUGGAACCCUGCACUUGGCUGGGGACUAAGACACUUCCAGCAUCUGGUGUCCAACCUCUACCCUGUGGAGGGAACAAUGGGGUUUCUUAGGAAGUUAAAUAUAUGGAAAUACUCCCCAAAACUCUGCUGUUGUCCUGCACCAGUCUUAACAGGCUCGCCCCUGCAAAUGGCACUGGGAGGGCUGUUAUAAUUUUUUUUGCCUUAUGAUUGACCUGAGUAACAACCCAUUUUAUAAAGAGUGAAAAGAAGGAGAAAAGAAUAAAUCACCGCUUUCCUAAGCACACUUGCCUUUUAGCCGAGCCUGAUUUCUUUUCUACCCGAUUCUUCCUGGGAAAUUGAAUCUUUACAAAGCGAGACUUUACUGUCUGUGUCCUUUAAAGCUGAGGGUCAGGUUGUUCAGCACUCUCAGCCUUUGAGAACAACUGCUGAUCUCAGAUUCCUGUAUCACCUGGAAAAUGGCACAGACAUAAAUAAUCUGAGAAAAGUUCAUCUGUUUCUUCCUGAUGUUUUGCAAAGGUCACUUAAAUUGCUUUCUUAUUUUUAGUUCCUCACAACAGUCUGUGGUGUCAGCUGCCCCAGCCCGUCUUGGUUCCCUGGUGCCGCUCCCCCAACACCACAGAAGCUUUGCACAUCUUAGAAAGGUUUUCUUUUGAGUACUUGGUUCUUGGAACCUGAGCCCAGGUCUGAUCCGUUCUGGUGUUGUGAUGACCUUGGGUGCUUCUGGUGCUGGAGGUUGCAGAAAGACCAUCUCUUCAGCUAGAGAUUCUGUGCUUCUGCACAAAGAGCUGCCGUGGUUUUUGUCCCAGAGGUGGAGUGCCUUACCUGAUUAACCCAAACCACACCAAAGCAGUGAGCCCCAGCUGCGCUGGUCACUUGGGCUUUCGUUGGAAGCAGAAGUGGGCACAGGCUC